CAUAAAUUUAUUAAAAAUUUUUUUUUUAAUGCUAGCAAAAUAUCCAUGGAUAUUUGUAGACCUGAAAAUUUAUAUAAAAUAUCACAUAAUUCUAAUCUUAUUCGAAAUAUAUGCCUAUUAGCUCAUGUAGACCAUGGUAAAACUACGUUUGCAGAUCACAUUAUUGCAAGUAAUGGCCUUAUAUCAAACAGGACAGCAGGAAAACUACGAUAUAUGGAUAAUAAAAAAGAGGAGCAAGAAAGAGGGAUCACAAUUAAAUCCAGUUGUAUUUCAUUGGUUCAUAAUGUCAAUAGCAUGAUAGGAGUCAUUCCAACUUUAUAUCUAAUAAAUCUCAUAGAUUCUCCAGGCCAUAUUGAUUUCAGUAAUGAAGUCUCUGUAGCUGUCAGAUUAUGUGAUAGUGCAAUAAUUUUGGUAGACGUUAUUGAAGGCAUUUGUCCCCAAACUCAAACUGUGCUUAGGCAAGCUUGGAAUGAAGGCAUUAAAAUUCUUUUAGUAUUCAAUAAAAUGGAUCGGCUGAUCAUGGAAAUCAAAAUAACACCAAUUGAAGCUUAUGAACAUUUGAGAAAAAUACUAGGAGAAAUAAAUUCGUUUUACAGUGAAUUGGUAGCUUCAGCUUUGUUACAAGAGGAAGAACAAAAUGCAAUAGACCUUCCUGAUGAAGAUGAUGAAUUUAUUGAAGAAAAAGUUCAUUUUUCACCUGUUAAAGGGAAUGUAUUAUUUGCAAGUGCAUUAGAUGGAUGGUGUUUUAACUUAUCAAAAUUUGCUUCUAUAUAUUCGAUCAAGUUGGGAUUCAAUGAAAAGUCUCUCAACAAAACUCUAUGGGGUGAUUAUUAUAUUCAUUCCAAAGAAAAACGAAUCAAAAAAGGGGCCAUGACGAAAAAUAAGAACCCGUUAUUCGUGACCUUGAUUUUGGAUAACAUUUGGAACGUUUACCAAGCGAUAUUAAUCGAAAAAAAACAAGAAAAUACGCUUAAAAUAUUUAAAGCACUAAACCUCAAUUUACCACCGAAAGAUUUCAAUUAUUACGAACCUCGACAUCUCUUAACUUCCCUUCUCAUGCAACAAUGGCUACCAAUAUCCACCAUAUUUUUAAACGCUGUUUGUUUGCACUCUCCCAGUCCGUUAGAAAUUUCCAACAAAAGACUCAAAGCGUUGUUUGUUCAAUCUUCGAAUAAUUUAAUAUCUCAUUACCAACAUUGUAUUAAAAAUUGCUCAGUGAAUAAUUUUUCCUCUUCUACUAAAAAUGAUAAUCUUGCAAGAGAUGACCUAAAAAAUGUUGAAAAUGUUCCGACCAUAGCGUUUGUCUGUAAAAUGUUUAAAAACGAUACCUUAAUUCUGCCCGCACCUUACAUUCCAAAUUCUACGAAUGCCGAAGAAUGUCAACAGGAGGAUGAGACAAAUGGAAAGAGUUGCUUGGAAAAAAUCAAAGAGCGUAAAUUGAAAAUUCAGCGGUAUAAGUUACGUUUUUCAAACCCAGAUAACGCGAAAGACAUCAAUUCAAAGAUCCCUGGGGAUUAUAGGCCUCAACUUCUAGAUGGUCAUCACGUGGUUGGACUUAUCAAAGAUAAGGAGAUAUCCGAGGAAAGCGCUUCAGAAUCAUAUAAUAAACAUGUAAAUUCAUCCAAUAUAACACUUGUACACGAUAAUCUACCACUGCAUUCCAUUAUUCAGAACAAACCUGAAAAUCAAGUUGAUAUUGCAUUGGCAGUCAAUAAAUCGCCUGAUCUAACAAUGCGUGUUGGUAAGUUAUCAGACAAACACGUAAGCUUUUUUGACCAAAAUGAAUCUAUAAAUGCGUCAGUUAAAACAAUGGGUUUACGCAGCGAUGAUCAUAUAUUCGAAAAUAAAUCAGGUAAUGAGACUGAUAUUGCGGAAUUUUCAGCUAAUGAUGAUAAAAAUGGCGGGAAAAAAAUUUCAAUAGCUAUAAAAUUGCUAGAAGAAGUCGAUGUCCAAGCCAGGCUUUUAGCGCUUUGCAAGGUAUACAGUGGUGUUAUUAAACCAGGGGCCUCUUAUCACGUUAUACUUCCGCAUCAAAAUUAUUCCAGCCAUGAGGACGAUGAUUCCGAAGAUAAUUUUGGUUUUAACAAAUUUGACGAUUCUAUUCAUAAUAAUAUAAAUGGCAACCGAUCGAUAGUUAAGGUUAAACGCGUUUUUCUAUGUUGCGGAGGCAAUGAAGACCUGUACGAUAUUACCCGUUUGGUAACCAUAAAUGGCAAUAUUGGAGUCACGCCCGGAAAUAUUGUGGCGCUUGAGUUGGAUUACGAGAAAUAUGAUGGUGCUCUGAAAGGAAUAAUACCGAAAUUCAUGACAUUAUCAUCUGAUCCGAAUUGUCCUCCUUUGAUGGGCCUUUAUUACUAUGCUCAACCCUUGUUAGAAGUGGCCAUUGAGCCUAAGAGAAUUGGACAAUUUGCGAAUCUUCAUAAAGCCCUCAGAAUAUUAUGCAAUUCUGACCCAUCAGCCCGCUACCUUUUAGCCACCACUGGACAAUUAGUAUUGAAGGUGAUGGGAGAAGUUCAUUUAGAACACUGUUUAUUGGAGUUAUCCCAAAUUUUAUCUUGGCUCAAUCCCGAGAACCCCCAAAAUAAAUCAGCGAAUGAUGGACUAAAUUUCUUAAAUACUAAUAAUCAAGAUUUGGCCGAAUUUUAUUCUCAGUUUUCCGUGUCCGACCCGAUCGUACCUUUUCGCGAAACCAUAGUCGGAUCUUACAAAUUUAAACUAUCUCACAACAAAGAAUCAAUAUCGGCUGAACACCACAUAGCUACACUCACAAAAUAUGAGACCAUUUUACGCGAUUUGGGAAUUUUGCUGCCCAUUUUUUGUGAGGAAGGCAAAGAAGGGAGAAGUGAGGUCAAUGGUCUAGUAGAUUUUGCCGUUCAAGCUCUUCCCAUCCCAGAAUCUAUCAUGGAAUGGAUAUCUCUUAAUCGAACGUUCCUGAAACACUUGUUCAAAAUCGUCGAUAAUGAAGUAAUCGACUCCAACCAAAUCGAUUUCGGGGAAGCUCUUCGAAAUUUUGCGGAAAUAUGUGAAUCCCUUUGCCAUUGCAAUCGGGCUAAACUUACCCGCAAACUAAAAUCUCGCACGAAUUACGCUGAUCGGGUUGCCAAAAUAAAUAUGGACAUGGUUAACGUCCCCGAUUUAAGCGAUCUGAAGGUGAUUGAUCUUGACAAUAAUAAUAAUUUUAACGAAGACGAGACUUCUUCCGUACAUUCCACCUUUUCCAAAACAUCUUCGGGACUUAACUUAAUAGCGCAUAAGGCGAAUAACGGCAAAAUGAGUUUCAAAUCGACCACUGGAACGACCGAGGCUCCUCUCAAACUCUUUGAAACGCAAUACCAAAAAAGCCCGUUUUGUUGGUGUCAAGUUACCCUUCCUUCUUACGAUGCAGAAACUUGCGUAAACGAUGUAAACGAAAAAAAUAUGGUCACAAAAUUUAAAAACAAUGUUAAGGAAAGUCUGGUAUGGUCAAUGGGCCUGGAUAUUUCUGCUCCUAACUUGUUGAUUAACAACCUUCCUUUCUAUAUCCAAAGUGCCAAAAUGGAGCUAUCUAAUCCUAAGAAAGAUGGUUCCAAUGACACUGGGCCAAUAUUAUUGAGGAAUAUGGCCAGGAAAAACAUAGACGGAUGCGUUUUAGGCGCAUUCAAGCAACUUUCUCAACGUGGACCUUUAUGCGAGGAAGCGCUGAGUGGUGUUUGCUUCGUCCUCAACGAUAUUUACAUUCGUUUAGACGCCGUUAAACGUCAGCAGAGUGACUUACAUUUAGAAACAUAUUAUCCUUAUGUGUCGCUCGACGAAUUAGCGCUCAGGACUUCUAAGGUAACUCUGUUAUCACCAGUUCAUCAUACUACCAGUGAUUUUAAUAGUGAUUUUUCUGCACAAACGGAACCGGUAGAGACUCAAGCUCUCAGAUUCUGUCUCCAAUCCAUAAUCAACAACACCUUUAACAAUUGCGUUAGUUAUAGAAUCAACCAUCAGGAAAUAGAAAUCGAUCCUAAAGCUGAUCAGCAAGAUUCUAAUAUUGGUUCAGGAAAUGGUGAUGGAAAGAAUAACAAUGAAACUAGUGGACCCUUAUUCCACCAGAGUAAUUUUAUUCGCCAUGAUAUUAACGACCGUUUAGAAGGAGAAAUCAACCCUGCUGAGAAAGAUACUGAUAUUUAUUCACCGGAAAGUAGUAAUCCUUGGCUUAGUAAGAAAACGAGUGGACUUUUAUCCGGCCAGAUCUUAUCCGAAACCAAGGAGCGAUUUGUGAAAACAUUUUUGCAUUCAUCUCCUCGUUUAGCGUUAGCCAUGUAUGCUUGCCAGGUUCAAACAAAAGUCGAGGCAUUAGGUAAAAUGUAUAGUGUUCUUAACAAACGUUAUGGAAGAGUUCUAGGCGAAGAAUGCAUCGAGGGGACUCAGCUAUUCAAUGUCAAAGCCUCGUUACCCGUGAUAGAAAGUUUUGGGUUUAGCCAGGAGUUAAGAACUAAGACCAGUGGGCUGGCCAAUCCUCAGCUAACGUUCUCUCACUGGGAAGUAACGCAAUAUUAUAUUAAACACCCCACAUUAAAAAAUAUUCUUAACGAGAAAAUUGAAAUUGCCUUCAAGAACUCGGGUGUAACCCUUUUAUUCUUUGAUUUAUUGGAUGAAGAUCCUUUAUCCGCUUUGGUACAAACCAAUUUAUCGGAUAAUGACCACAAAGGUUCCCAAUAUAAAAGUUCUCAUAAGAGUGCAAAAUGUUCACUAGAAUUGGAAGCGAAUAAAGAGGAUGACGAAACAACUCCCGUCAAUAAUAGAGCCCAAAAUUAUCUGUACGGAAUUCGUAGAAGGAAAGGGCUAACCAUCAAGGAAAAAACUAAUACAUCACCACUUUCAUACUUCUACCUCACUUUGUUAGCUGGCUACAUAGUGGUACCGUCCACUAUAAUAAAACGGGUAGGCAUCAUGUAUGCGAUCGAUAUACUAGUGAAAAUAGUGCCUAUCCAAAUGAAAAAUGAACAAAAUUCAAAUUUGAUAGAUGGUACCUUAAGGUACCAAGCAUCAUUAACCGUGAAAAUACAUGAUGCACGCGUCAACUCCUGGUGGGUGAUGAAAUUGCACUUCAUGCAAUUUACGUGA